AUGUCUGGUCCUUGUUGCAACCAACCAGUGAACAUUGUGAUCCCACUGGCUUCAAAUUUGGAUGAUGAAUGGCUAGAAUCCAUAAUGAAUGAAGGAGAGUCCUCAUCCUCAUCCUCAAACAACACACCAAUGCCAAAGCAUAAGAAGAUACCCAAGGUCCUCAAGAUGCUUCCGCAGAUGGAAUCCAACAAGGAAUGCUACGAACCAGAGGUGGUUUCUAUCAGUCCCUACCACCAUAGCCAAGCCAAGCUCCAAUCAUUUGAGAAACUAAAAAUUCGAUUCACCAAAGAGUAUGUCAAAAGUUUUAAGCCAGAAACCUCGGCAACUGCACUAUAUGAGCAGGUUGCAGAUGUGGCUGGUGAAGCAAGAAACUGCUAUGCUGAGGACUUGACAGAAAGCUUCGAUGACAGAGCCUUCACUCAGAUGCUGUUCCUCGAUGGUUGCUUCAUCAUUCACUACAUCAACAUCUGCAUGAAUGACAAGGAAGAGCAAGACAAAAUGCAGAUGAAGAUGAAGAAUCACGACAAAGCUUUCGUGCGACGUGACUUGUUCUUGCUCGAAAACCAACUUCCUUUCAUAGUCCUCAAUGCUCUGAUGAGCAUGAACUCAGACUUUGAAGGGAAUAAGGGAUUGAAGUUGAUUGAAGAUUUCAUUAAGACCACAAUGGCAAGGCCUCCUGAAGAUUCACUUCUAGAGAAGGUGGAAAAUUCCAUUACAAAGCAUGUUACAGACCGGAAAAGAAAGAAGCUUCCAGAACCGCAAUCACAAGAACCUGCUGAUCAUCUUCUAGAACUCCUGCACAGGCAACUUAUUAACCCCAAGGCUUUCGGAGUUGUUUCUGAAAACAAAGGAGGAGGAGGCAGCAGUUGUUGUUACUCGUAUCCGCUUAUGAAGAAAUUUAUUGACUUUGUUUCUAGAAAAAAAGAAGGCAACAGUUGGUACUCGUAUCGUUCAGUACAGGAGCUUAAAGCAGCAGGGAUCCAAUUCAGGCCCAACAAAGAACGCAAUUUUUUUGCAGAUGCAAGGUAUGAACCUCAAUUCAUUAGAGCAAUCUUAAGACUUCCUCCAAUGACCAUUGAUGACUCAACCAAAGCUUUACUAUUAAACUUGGUAGCCUAUGAGAUGUGUCCUGAUAGUUCCAAUGACUUCGGAGUCACCUCAUAUCUAUGGUUUAUGGAUACACUCAUUGAUCAGGCUGAGGAUGUGAAGGAGUUGAGAAAGAAAGGCAUAAUUCUCAACUUCCUUGGAAGUGAUCAGCAUGUGGCUGAGCUCUUCAAUGAGAUUGCCAAAAACUUAGUCCCAAACCCUAAUGCUUGUGAAGAUGUUAAAAAACGUAUUGAAAGGCACUAUAAGAACAAGGUGAGACUCUGGAUGACUGAAUGGUUGUACGCCCAUUUUAGUAGCCCCUGGACUUUACUUGCUUUCCUUGGUGCACUUUUAGCAAUUGCUCUAAGCUUUGUUCAGGCUUACUAUGCUGUUAACCCUAAAAAAUAG